AUGUCGUCACCCCCCUCUGCCUGUUCAACCCUCCACGGGUCACCUUCGUCCAGAGAACACACCUGUGACCCCGGCAGGGGGAUUUUGAGCCACGAUGCAUGUUUUACAAUUGAUCCUGGGCAGAUCCUGGGACAUGAGCCCGGUCUGAUGGAGCCCGGUCUGAUGGAGAUGUCUGAGGUUGAAUACACGCACCUUCAGCACCUCAUCCAGGUACACAUGGAGGCACAGACGGCCCCUCCAGAUGCGCCCGCUUCCAGGUCUCACCCCGCUUCCUCCAUCGCGCCCGCUCAAGCUGUCGACCUGUCGAUCUCCACCGAUCAACACUGUCUGGCGAUGCCGGGAGAGAUGACGCCAACUUCUCACCGAGAGGUCCCGGGUUAUGUGCUGGCCAGAAUCCGGGCGGCGGAGAGCCCGACCGAACUCCGGGCCGACUGCAGCGCAUCUUCGCAGAUGCGAUCCAGAUCGGCCGCCAGAGUUUGCUUGGAGAAAAGGUUUAACAGCCUGUCUGCCGACGCCCCGAGACAGCAAGAUAUCCAGUCUGCAGUUCACAGCAAUUUUUUGACGAUGGUUCAGCAGUCUGCAGAGGCUCAAGAGGCGGCCAUUCACUCUCAAAUGUACAAGUGGAUAAAAACUGACAGAGCUGAGUUUUCCGGCCUAUAUGCAGCCAACAUGUGUGAACAGGUGAUUGGCCACAAUCCUCAUAUGGUGGAACCGUACAAGCACCAGGGUUUAACCAUGCCCAGUGGUUUCUCAUUUAAGUUCCACCCGGAAAGGUUUGUCAAGAAAGCUCACAGUGCAAGUGGCGGCAACUCAACCGAGGAGCAGCAGUUGGUGAACAUAGGAAGUGACGAUGCGGUGAAACCAGCUGCCUUCAGGACGCACGGUGGCACCCGCGGCUCUAAAUGCAGCAAGGCCGCUUCGGCCGGCCGAACCUCGGCCGGACAAUCGGGGAGCGGCACCUGGAUCAGACCUCAAUCUCAUAUGUCACUGAUCCAGCGCAAGGAGAAGCACAACAGGAAGGAGAGGGAACGCAGGAAGAGGAUCAGCCUGUACUGCAACGAGCUGAACAUGCUGGUGCCGUUCUGCGAGUCGAGCACGGACAAAGUCACCACCCUGCAGUGGACCGCCGCCUUCCUCGGAUACAUCAAGAAGACCUGCGGAGACGCCUUCAAAGAAGGGUUUCAGACGGCAUUCGCUGAGGGGAAAGGACGCUUUCUUGAAUCCAGCUCUUCUUCCAGCCCGGAUCCAAUCCAUCGGGAGAUGGAUGAGAUCCUGAGCAUCCCUCUGGCGGUAGAGCAAUGACCCUCUCACUAUCAUCUUAUAACUCAGAUAGUAGAGUUAAUGUGAACUUCACAUUUCAGCCCGGGUUGCACCAUGAGGUCGGGCUAAAGGCCAAUGGGUCGGAUCGUUUUGACUGACAUAGAGCAGCUCUGCUUCCGACUACAUCACAAUUAUUUCAAAAGGUUUCCAGGCCACCGGAUGCUCAAACUAUCUGGUUUUCUUCAGCUGCAUCUCAAAACCACACGGCUUCCGGCUCGUGUUUGAAGUGCCAUGCCAUUUCUUCUCCAGCUGAUAUAUUAUCUCCCCCAAACCCACAUUGUACAAAAUAAAUAUAUGUUAUUUUAUUGAGCCAUCCACAGGUGGCACUGUUUCCCACAGCUGAGAUGGUGCUCUAAUGAUUUGAUUUCCCCUCUUCGGCUAUCGUACCUUUUUAUUGUAAGUACACCUUUUUAUAUGCUUGAUUCAAAAACAAGUUAUUUAAUGCUUGUAAAUGCACUUCAAUACUUACAUUUUACAUGGAAAAGAGUGUUCCUACUUUGUGAAUGAAUGGUAUUCAUUGAUUUUCAUGGUGUUGGCAUAUUACUCGGAUAUACAGACUGUUCAUUUGAUAUGUAGAGAAGAGUAAUGUUUUACUGAAAAGUGGCUUUAUUUGUUAUUUUUUUUACAACAUGUCGCUGUAGCAUCUUACUGUACAUACAACAGUCACCCACAAAUAAUAAAUAGUAUUUAAGGUCAUGUGUAUUUAAUAGUUACAGCCCCCGGUGGAUGUGGUCAUUGUAUUUAUAAACAAAAAAAACUGCUCCUAAGAUUAUUUAAUUUAUUUUACAAUGUCUGUUUUAUGCAUCCACAUGUUUUAUUGUGUUUUUUUAUUGUCAAACCUAGAAAAUCAACUUCACAUGUAAUUGAAAAACAAAGAAGCUGUAAAAAAAAGAAAAAGAAAAAAAGA